UCUAUCUUGCAGCACAUUAUACAAUGUUCACACGGAUCUAUUCGUUCUGCGAAGUAUGGAAACGCGACUCAAGUGAAGGAAAAACGUAUAUGAUGAUCGUAGCCCUGAUGGCGUGCUCUCCGAACGGUCAUAUUGCAUCAAUUACCUCAAUUGCAUGACAAAUCACAAAUAUGACGUGACUAAUAAUUGGUUGCUUUCUUUGUCUGUUAACUUCCAUUUGUCUUGAUUCCUGAGUCUGUAACCUCAACAAGAUUGAUAAUCCAAUAGGAGGAGCCGGAAUUAAUUCCGGGCAGGGAUCCUGCCGCAGCCCCGCUCGGGCAGUAUGAAUACAGUUAUAUAGAGACGGGCACCAUCUGAGAAGCAUAUUACUUCGAUUGUUUGAGUACAUUUCACGGCGUGCAACUGAGAGUUCCUGAAUUUUACGAAUCUUCUCUUAUUCCUCCUAAAUUAAUCAUUCACAAUGGUCCUCAAACUUCACGGAUUCCCUCUUUCCACUUGUACCCGUCGAGUACGCACCGUUCUCGCAGAGAAGGGUCUCGAGGCCGAGUUCCAGCCAGUCGACUUGGCCAAGGGCGAACAAAGAACAGAGUCCUACCUGAACGACCUGCAUCCCUUUGGCAAAGUUCCCGUUUUACAAGACACCGAGACGGGUGUUCAGAUUUUCGAAAGCAGAGCCAUUAACCAGUACAUCUCCAGCAAGUACGCCGGCCAAGGAACCGCACUUUCCCCUCCCGAGUCCGAUCUGAAAGCCUGGGCUCUGUACCAGCAGGCCCUCUCCAUUGAACAAUCCUACUUCGACCCGAUCGUUUCUCAGAUCGCUUUCGAGAAAGUCUUCAAAGCCCGCAAAGGUCUUGGCGAAACCGACGAGGCUCGCGUCAAGGUCCUUCUUUCGCAGCUCACGCCUGUCCUCGAGGGCUAUGAGCGGGUGCUUUCCAAGCACAAGUACCUUGCGGGUGACCAGGUGACGCUUGCGGAUCUGGCGCAUCUGCCCUAUGGUGUGUUUGUGGAGCAAUUCGGUUUCGCUGAUCUUCUUCCGAAGUAUCCCCAUGUUCAGAAGUGGUGGGAGGAGCUGAAGGCGAGGGAGAGCUGGAAGAAGGUUACUGCUUAGGUUUAUACCUCUUUGUGGUCAAUGGACUAGAUCGAGAUCCCGCGUGGAAUCGACGAUGUCAAUGUUAAAGACGUUUAGAAGGUACUAAUUGAGAUA